AUGUUUCGAUUAGGAAUUUUCCUGUUAUGUCUGUCUGUGGUGCUUGAUCUGUCUUUAUCACAAGAGGCGACAUCAGAACAAAAUCCAUAUAAUUGUCGUCGAAAUGGUUAUGAAUGUAAGAACGGGGGCAAGUGCCAGGACGGAUCAUGUGUUUGCGAUCCAGAGUAUACAUCGUUUGACUGUGGCGUCACCAUAGCUGAGCAGGAUUGUGUGGAUGAUCCUUGUACCAACGGCGGUAUUUGUUACAACACUGAUCAGUGUUACUGUCCAGUCACGCACUAUGGGCCUACCUGUGAUAUGGAGACAGAUAUACUCCGAUAUAAGACGAGAAAGAAAAGACAAGCAGGUUCCGUCAUGCGUAUAUUUCUACGAUUGCCUGUUUAUAUAGCUCCAAACACCAAACAAUAUUCUUGGGAAUGCCUCGGCGUAGAGAUGAAAAUCAAUAUGAUGGUUCCAGAAGGAUUCAGUGGCGCCAUUUAUGGAGCAAUGUCUCGAUCAGAUUGUCGGUUUACAGAGGAGACUAGUGAAGUGACUGGUUACCGUAAAUUUACGUCAUCUAUAACAUUUGAUAACUCUACAUGUGCAGCGACAGAAGUCAAAGAUUAUCCAAUGGCAGGGGACAUCACAUACAUAACCGAUGUUGUGGUUGGAUUUCAUUCCUUCAUCCAGACAAGAAACGACCGUAUCAUCUCCUUCAACUGUACUCAUCCUGCCUCAAACGUCUCAAUGGAAGCAGACCUUGACAGUUCCGUCAACCAACGAGGUAAUCUGACACGAAACGAAGAGAAAAAGACAUAUUCUCCAGUUCGAUUCCACUUCCUGGAUGAAGAUAAGAAUGUACUGGAUCGUGCUCUCUAUGUGGGAGAAAAAUUCACGAAUAUGGUGUACCUUAUUUCGACAGACGUAUAUACCGCCCUUUUGUUGGAGAAGUGUGUAGCCAAUAACGGUGAAGAAGGAACACAGACUGAAGUUGUUCUUCUUGAUAAUGGAUGCCCAACCUCGGACGGUAAUUUGGUGAUGCAGGAUCCUCCUGGUCAAGUUAAGAUGGAGUAUACCCCUCCAGACUUUCCAGCUCCCAUCCCCGCCGCAGCCCUACACAUGCUAGGUUUUCGAUUUUACGACUCAAAACAAGUUUUCAUCCAAUGUGUGGUGAAGAUUUGUAAGCCAGAGGACGAAGCAGCUUGUGCUAUACCUAACUGUAAUGGCCAAGCCAUGUCUAGGAAGCGACGUAGUGCGGAUAAUUACAGUAACGGUACAGACGAGCAGACAGUGUCAGGCCUAUUCACAAUUGUAGAGGAGCCUAUCGUCCUACCUAACAGAGAAAUUGUUGAGAAAGAGUCUGACUGCUUCCGGUCCAGUGAGAUCAUAAUCGUAAUCAUAGCCAUGUCUGCGCUUGUAUUGGUCAUGCUCAUAGCCUGUGUUGUGUUAGCGACGCUUAUUGUCCGUUCUAGAGGGAAGGUACAAAAGCUAAUGGAGAACAAUGACGUACAAGGAUUACACAUACCAAGGGCUAAGUUGACGAUGUAG